AUGCAGUACGGCGCUGAUUACAUAUUGUCACCUCAUCAAAAGGUGAGCUAUGACUGAGAAAGGAAGUACCACAAUGAAUAGGUUCGGCGCGCAGCAAGCCAUGGUUUACUUCACGCAGCUUUAUCUUUGAACCAAUGGGAAGCAAGUUGUUCUUGGAUUUGAGAUUGUUAUUUAUUUUUCUGCUACAUUAAAAAUCUUGGAUGGCGGAUUUGGAAAAUCAGUCAUUCGUUUCACACAAAUCAGCCAAUUUUCUACCACAGUGAAAUUAGUUAAGCACCUAAGAAGAGAUGGAAACUUUGAGAAUACUGGUCCUCGGGGCCAACGUGUCUCAAGUUAACUAGAGCCCUUGCGUAAUAUGCAGUGAAGAUGUCAGGCCAUCAGACCUUUUCCUAAACAGAUUAACAUUUCCCUCGAUUUAAACUCAUCGCCCCUUGUUUCAAAAUAAUUUCUACUUUAAAAUUUUUUUUAAGGGAGUAUGCGAUAAGUUAUAUUGCUUUAAUCCUAAAAGUGGAACGCAAUUGAGUCGACUUGCACCGAUAGCUGAUGGGGCACCCUGUGCAGAACGCAAGGUAAGAACAAGGGUAGUUAUCCUGCGAUAAUCUUAUGAGCGUCCGGAAGCGUUUAUUAUGGCCAUUUUCUUCUGCCACGAGCGAAACUUCCAUGAAUACUGCCACGAAAACACACCAUGCCUUACCAACAAGCUCUCUGCGCCUUAGCGUCUCUCCAGCUUCUGUCGCCGGCUGCUUCAUUGUUCAUAGCGACAAGGCUGGGAAUGCCUGCUUCCUGGCUAAAUCUACCCCAAAGAUUUUACGAGCAAAGAUGAAAGAAACAAAUUUUUGCCGUUUUAAAUUUCAUUCUAUGGAAACUGAAUUAUUCGUGAAACAGUUGAUUGAUCAUUAUGAUCAAUAAAUCAAUUGAUAGCUUGACUCUUGACUUUCUGUCUUUCCCACACUUACAUUUAAUUGAAAUAAACACUAUCUUAUAAACUGUUUCCGCAUGAAUGUCUCUCGACACCGGUAUAAGUGAAAGAACUUCAGAAAUUCUCGACCAGAUUUCCCCAAGCUGGGGAAAAUGAAGCUGCCAUGUUUUUGCUUCAAGAACACUGUAGCCACAAACUAACUGUGGGAUUCAUUUAGAAAUUUAUUGAAAAUGUUAUUUACAUGAGAAAGAAAACCACUUGCAAAGUGAAUGUGCAUUCAAGAUUCUUUUUUAUUUCGGCUUUCAUUUGAUAGUUAUUACCAAGUUUAAACGCUUCAGCACUUCUGUUAAUUUUAGGAAGGACUCCGUGAGAGUUUUGAUUUAAGCAGAGGCAAUGAAACAAAUUUUGUUAAAGGGAAAUUGGGUGCCGCGAGUAUACAAAAUAGCUGAACGGCAUUUGAACAAGAGUACACUUGCAAUUUUGCUGUUUAUGUCGUAAGUUAGGUCCUCAAACUUGAAAUAAAUUUUACCACCUAUAACCCUAAAACUGACCUUUAUUGCGAUGAAAAAGCUCCAGAAAAUAUUUAAAAUGUUUCUUAGGCCUGCAAACUACAGAAACUUUCUGUCCAGCUUAUUAGUUUACAGUGAUGAAGGAGUGGUAGAGGAAUUCUGGCUACAAAAUUCACGUUUUUCCCUUCCAAAUUGAAGUAUUCUUCAAAAGCACUUUUAUAGUUAGUGCCCUCUAACUAGUUUGAUCUUACACAUCGCUAUUUUACGUAAGUUUUCUCUACAAUUUCUGCUCGGGUUCUCGGUGCCAUUACGUUCAUUCAGCGGGAAAUUAAUUUGUCUUUGCUCUUCUGACCAAUGUUUCAUUCAGUUUCCUGCGCUUUGAUUGGUUUCUCACGAAUUUUUUUAAUGGUUUUCAUGAGAAUCAGCGACUUUAUCACAAAUUAAGAGCUAAGAAUAAGUUUAUCUUUAUCUCUGACAAACUCCGCUCUGAAUUAUGUCAUAGAGGCGACAAACUGGGUUACUGAAACAGUAACUCUGGGUUACUGGGGCUCCUACAAUCUGAAUUGCUCUCAGCAGUACAAUUCAAUCUCAGAUCGUACUCUUUUCAUUUUUUUGUGACUGGUUGAAUAAGAAAUUUUCAAUGACAAAAAUUUCAGCAAUUAAAUUGCAACAUUUUAAAAUUAGAUAUUGUUAUAAAACCGGAAAUUGGACCACGUGUUCGACCAUUUUAAUGCGUGUUUAUUCGAUUUUUAAAUCGAGCGUACAGUUCCAGACCAGAUUAAACUUCUUGCACCUCAGUUACCGCAGAAAAAAACAAACCCUCUAAAUCUGUAAUAAUUAUGUCACUUUACCAGUCUUAAAAAAUAUUUUCUGUUACAAUUGCAGUGGUGCAUAAGCGGGAAAUGUGUAGACAAUGGCAAACCAAGGAUUCAUGGAGGUUGGAGCGCGUGGUCUCGUUACGACUCACCAUGUUCACGGCCAUGUAACGGCGGAGUCACGUUCAGAACUCGAACUUGUACAAACCCUGUGUAAGUUUGAAUAAUAACAAAUCUAAAACUGUAUUUCCUGAAGCAUUUAGACCUUAGGAUUAUAAAAGGCGUGUUCGUAAUGAUUUUUUUCUAUCGUUAUUGUUGUUUGUUUCUUUUGGUUGAGUGUGUGUGUGUGUGUGUGUGUCAGUCUAGUUUUUUGUAGCUUCAAGUUGUUGUCGUUGUCGUUCGUUUUUUGCAUUUUUUAUUUCAACCAGCGAUUUUUAAGUUCCUUGUAUUUGCUUUAAUCUUCUUCGUCAUUAUCCAUCCAACAAGCGCAAGUAGAAUAAUUGUAUCAUUAAAAACGCCCCAAAAUAUAGAUAAAUCUUCCUAAUUUGCUUUAUUGUUUCCUCAGAGAUACUUUUUUAGCUCCGUUUUAAUUUUGAGCAUGGAAUAUUGGCUCAUAACCCAUGACAGCUAAGCCAAUGAAAACUAUUGAAUUGCAUUAUCCAAUGUGUUUUAAAUAAAAUAUCACCCGCAAUCAGACAUCUUCACCUGACUUUUUCUUACCUACUAGACCAUCUAAUGGCGGGGAAUCCUGCGUGGGAGAAAGCAAGGAAUGGAAAAUUUGUAACUCGCAGGUUAGUCCGGAAAAUCGCCCACAAAUAAAAGAGGUUUAAUUUGGAAUAAGAGCGACUCUGCCUAAGUGAUUGUAACGGUGACACCUUCGGAUUGAGUACACGUAAUUAUUUAUUGGAGAAGUAUCCUCAACUUGAGUUUAAUUUUUAUGUGUCAUGACUCUGACGGCGUUUUGCAAUUCCAAAGAGUUAACGUACCCUUUCGAAAAUUGUAUUCAAAUGUUACUAAACUUUGAGCACGGAUGCGGACAUUUUGAAUUUUGUGUAUCACUAUUGCCGGUUACCGUUGUCCCAGGGCAAGUCUCAAACCUCUUUUGAUAUCUGUGUAAACAGUUGGAAGUCACGCAAAUAAGCAUUCUUGACUCAAAUUAUAAGUAAUGAUUUUUAUUUCUUCGAUACCAGCGUGACGUAGGAGGUCCUUUCGAACUGCGCGUUUUGGUUUUACGUUUGCGGCCGGGUAACUGAGUUGUUUUCAAAAUGGUGGCAUCUCUAGACGAAAUUUUUAGCACAUUUAAUGAUAAAGCGAAUCUUGAGAAUCUCAAAUCUCGUAGGGAGUACAUUUUCAUACUUUAAAUUAGCUGAGAUAAAGUCUUAAUUGGGUCAGAACCGUAUUUCUUCUUUAAUCAAGCAAGAGAGAAGAAUGCUAGGCGAAGGAGUCUCCCAGACUGAUACCGAUACAAUCCCUAUACUGUUAUUUUAAGACUCCACAUUAGUUAACAAAAAGAGAGGCCUUGAAUGUGCUCUGUUCUGUUGUAAAGCACGCAGAAAGCGGCUAGAGUACGAAAGAAGUGUAGGGAGAAACAAGAGACGCAGUUUCUCACAACUUUGGUUUAUAAUUAAGAAUCCGUUCAAUUCCCCACGCACUAAUCUAUACUCCCUUUUAAAAUGUUCCGAGAAAUACACGCGCCGUGAUUGGUCAGAACGAGUUCGAGGUACGAGCGCGCGCAAUUCACGAUACAUUUUAUAACAGAAAUAAAAAAUUUGUUCCUCGAGCAUUCAUCCAUCCAAAAAUCUCCGUGUGCUUAUCUAAGUCAACAAUAUAUUCGGCGCGUUUUUUACUUCUUUAAUAAAGCACGCGGCAAUAAGCCAAUCAGAAUCCUUGUUAGAAUGGUUCAAAUGAUCUGAUUGGUUGAACAAGACUAAAGCUGUCAAAAAUGUUAAACUAUCUGCAGUAGUUUACAAACUGAAAUAGUUCGGCAAGUCGAAUUCAACACUUUCCCUGAAGCCUUUUAGUCUCUAAUACAGAAUCUGAAAAUGAAAUGUUCGGUGAAAUCUGACCGAAUUGAAGCUCGGAAAAACACGCACGUUUUUUAACAUAACAAUCAGAAACUAAGAUCUGUUUAAGGCGGAUGUUUAAUGAAUAAACGACAACCGAUUUGACAGGAAGAUGAAGACUGCUCGGGAUGACAGCGCCGUAAAACUCGGUCGCUGUGAUUGAUGCGACCCUCUCACUCAACGCAUCGGAAAAGAUGUCAGAGCAAGCGCCUAUUUGUUCACUCUAGGGGUAACCGAUGUAAACUCUGAGGCUUGCUUCACUGCGAUGAGCGGAGAUUGCGAUGAUGAGCUAGAUUAAUAUGAAUUUUAACAGUUAUGCCAGUUUGGCUCUACUUUUCAAUAUUCCUGUUUUGGUCCGUUUUGUUUAUGACCACGAAACUAUAUAUACUAAACGAGUGUUAGCUGUGUUUGAUUUUUCUUACCAUACGAACUGUCCAUUUCGUUUUCUCUUUGAGGAUUUUCGUCUCUGCUAACGUUAUAAUAACGUCUGUACGGCGCUUGACAGGUUUAUAAACCUUUGUUUGGUUCUUCUGUUGCUAUUUGCGGACUCGCUUGUUCUGAAAUUACGCUUUCAAUUGACGAAAAAAACCUAGAGAGAAAUCUGAGAAAUGGCCAGACAUAGUACAAUUUGGCAGAUGGCGUGACAGCUUUAGUUCUCUUGCCCUAUGUUCUAUUUAACAAGUAGAUUCCAAGUUGCCAUGCGUCUGUUCAGUAAUAGAUCACAGAUGACGUCAAAAUGUGGUAAGAACAAAAAAGUGGCACAUUGGUCAUGUGUGAGGCGCAGCCGAGUGUGUCACUGAUAUUCUUAUCACAUUUUGACGUCCUCUGUGAUCUAUUACUGAAUAGACACACGGCAACUUGGAAUCUAUUUGUUUUAUAUAAUAAAGAAUUAAAAAAGUUUUAAUGAUGAAGUGGUUAGAGCACGAAAGAAUUGUAGGGAGAAACACGAGACGUAGGCGAGUGUUUCCCCCACUACUUGAGUGCUCUAGCCGCUUCCUAAGUGCAUUACAACAGAUCAGAGCACAGUCAAGGCUCCUCUAUUUGUUUUGUAAUAAAGAAUCCAUUAAAUUCCCCGCGCAUUACUUUCAAUUUUCAAAAUAAAUUUUAAUCCAAAGCGAACAACAGUGUCGUCAGCAUGCUCUAUACUCUCUUAAAGCACAAUCGGAAUCGUUGUUGUAAUAGUUCAAGUCGCCAUGCGGUCGAUGUAAUUCAUGAGGCUUGCUUCACUGGUCAUCUCCGAGCUAGCCACGUUGGACCUCAGCAUGAUCGCAGUCGCUCUGACACCGUCAUCAUUAGUAUGAAUUAUAACAGCUACUUUUGCUAUAUUUUUUAUCAUUCCUGUUUUAUUCUGUUUUGUUUUUGAACUCGAACUUUAUAUACUAUCCGAGUGUUAGCUGUGUUUGAUUUUUAUUACCAUUGGUAAGCUUGCAAUCUAACUAAGCGUGAAAACUUUCAAAACUCGGAUUGUCCAUUUCGUUUUCUCUUUGAGGAUUUUCGUCUCUGCUCACGUUGUAAUAACGUCAAUUACGACGCCUGGAAUGUUUAUAAACCUUUGUUUGGUUGUUCUUUGCUACAUGCCGGCUCGCUUGUUAGGAAAUUUCACUUUAUGUUAACGAAAAAAAGCCAUAGAAAAGUCCCGGAAAAGGUCGGACAUAGUCCAAUUUGGCAGAUGACGUGACAGCUUCAGCUCAGCUCUAUGCCCUAGACUCUCAGAGAGCACGCUCUUCCAACCAACGACAGCGCGCGUUAUAUCCGAACUUUAUUAUAAUGGUCUUUCGGGAAUAAUGUUUCAUGGACUGCUUUUGGUUGGCAACCGAGACUUGAAUGUUUAUAGUGGAUAAUAGAAAGACGCUGCAUGAGAUGCCCAGAUCAGGGAAAAUUAUAAUGAAGGAUCUUUUGCUUUUAGAUUAUCGGGUGGUUCUCGAAAAAUUUAAUGGGAUUGACUACAGGAUCAUUAUUUGAUCCACUUUAUCAUUUUUCUUACAGGCCUGUCAAGAAGGAGCAAAAACGUUUAGAGAGGAGCAGUGUUUAAGAAAGCAAUCUGGCUCAGUUCCCUACUUUGGUUCAAGUUGUAUGUGUGUGACUUUGACUGUAUUUCAUUUAUAUAUUAUGUGCAAUUCAAGGCCAUAUGUUUACGAAGCUUCACGUAAAGUUCGCUGACCAAAAAUAAUUACCUGUAAUUUUCACCUAGAACUACAAUUAGGAAGCUGGCAGCGUGUUUUCAAUUAUUGCAUUUAAGGUUUUCCUUGCUAAUUCGAAGAAAAACUUGCCUAAUGAGUUAAAAAUCACCAAACAAAAUGUAAUGGUAAGACAACUAAAUACGAUAAUUUAACUAAGAUACAACACUAUUUUCGUUUUCAGGGAAGUUACAUUUUUCAUUUUCGUAACUCAUUUGUCUUAUUUAUUUUCUCAGCCCUUUGUGAAUUAUAUUGUCGUGUCGGAAGCCUUGUGAGAGGCAAAGGUACCGUAGAAGACGGAACGCGUUGCAAAGCAGACAAAAACACUUAUGAUGUGUGUAUCCAAGGAAAAUGCCGAGUAAGUGACUUGAGAUUAUAUUGCAAAAGAUUACCUGUAUCUAUUUCUUCUAGUUUGAAGAGAUCUGUUCACAAAUUUAUCUCAGCGAUUUAUGGAUAGUUUGUGUGGCUACUAUGGCUUUAAAAAAAGUGUUCUGAUACCAACCCUACUUCGUCUUCAGAAUUGUCAGAGAAUGUUACAAUUUUGCAACCCGCAAAACUGUUUUAUCUUAAAGGAUUGCUAAGAAUGAAGAAUAUUUUAAAAACCCUUUUAACUCCCAUGGGUGACCAAGACAGAAUUUCUCUUUACAAUAUCAAUACAAUAUCAAGCAGACGAGUGAUGGGAAUAAAAACAAUUUUAACGAGAAGUAAUUAGCUGAUCCAGUACCAAAUCUCCAAACCAAAAUCACAAGAACUAUAUGGCAGACAGUAAGGGGAAUUACUAUUAAGAUCUUGGGAGCUAAAGGAUUAAGUUGAAUUGCGAAUAAAGUUCUAAAAAAAAACCUAACAAACAAACAAACAAACAAACUUCAGCUCCAAUAAAUUAUUUUCAAAUCAAACCAUAUUUCCCAGUCGAUAGUUUUCCUCUCAUCUCGUUACCCUAUUUUUUAUCGAAAACCUUUUGACAUUUUCAGGAGAAAAUCUUUGUGAGUCACUUCAGGAACUGAAUAAUCUAAGAUAUGUUGAAAAUUUGAAAUGUUUUUCACUCCGUCAUGAAAAUGCUUUUAAGGAUGUCGGGUAAUUUUGGUUUUGAAAUGUCACUUGAAUAAAUAGCCGGUUGGUUGUGAUCACGUUCUGGACUCCAACGCAAUGGUGGAUCGCUGUGGCAAAUGUGGCGGCAAUGGGGACCAAUGCUUCGUUAUUUCUGGAAGUUACACGGCCUCUCACACUGUAAAAGGUACAGUUCAUAGCCCAGUAGGAGAGUUCUUGUUGAUUACGUCAAAGUUAUGCAAAUAGAGGGACACUAAAGAGGACCUAGGCACCUUACUUUGCUUGGAAAAUAGAGAUAUAACUAAUAUUAGGUAUGUGGCUUUGACGCCCGAUUCACUUGCACGGACUCCGCAGCAAACAUCUUGUUAAAAUUUUUAGGUGUGUUUUAUUGGUGGAGUGGCUACCUGGUUUUAUAGGUGGCCUUUUUUCAAUCUUUUAGAUAAAAUAUUAUCGAUAAGUCGGUUAUUUGAUUGUAUUAGUUUGAUAAGUGUUGUAUGUCUGCUUCGGUAAUCUAUGAUUUCACUCGAGUUUGUUUGAUUCUCUGUUUCCUCGCUCUUUGUUUUAUUAUUAUUCUCUUAUGUCUCAGAGCUUUAACAUUUAGAAGGCAAAGUUAAGAUUUUUAUCGCCUAUUUACUAUUUGCCGAGAGUACACAACAGUGCAUAAGAAACCUCAGUAAAAUUACGAGUGACUAGCGAAUAACACCUUUUUUCAUUUUGUUUCUUUAAUUCUAGGUCUUGAAAAUGCAGAUGUCGUUCAAAGACUUCUCAUUGGUGCUUACGACGUUUCUUUCAAAAUGAGGCAGUCAUCACGUAAUUACCUCGGUAAGAAAUCGAGGGACUUUAAGUGAAACCAACGGUAUAACUUAAAGAGGAAGUACGCUUCAGGAACCAUAUCGGUUGUUGCUGUCAUUAACAAAAAAAAUGUACUUGAAAUUACGCAGUCAGUGUGAGAAAUUCAUGCCUGUAUACUUUGUAAUGGCCGAUGGAGCCUACUUAUCCUCUAAAUUUGACCUGAUGUGUGCUGCGCGUUAGAACCCAUAUCAAUUGGAUGAUGUUAAAAUAAUUACGACCACUCAGGACAAAGGAAGGCAUCAUCAGGGGUCGGUGGAAUUGAAAGGUGAAAUCAAUCGAACUGCCUGAAGCACGAGAAAAUCAGUGUAGGAAAGUCACGAGUAACUUAAACUAUAAAGUAUCGAGUUUUCUGACCAAUCACAGAGCAGAGCAAGCAAAACAGAAGAAAACACCCUCUCCCUGAAUUUUAACGAUUUAUCAUAUCAGCUGAGGUGCUGCGAAGUAACAAUUUGUAACUAAUCAUCAGACUGUGAAUAUUGAUGGUGAAAGCGCUUGAUUACAUUUCAGGGGUUCAAGCAGACAAUGGAACAUAUUUAGUUGGCAACGUAAGUAAAAACGUGCAGGAAGUUUCUGUUGCUAACACAGUUAUCCAGUAUACCCGCAAGAAGUCAAAGUACAAAGUGAUACUCACGAUUCCAGGUCCUACAGAUCAGAUUCUUAAAGUAGUGGUAAGGAAUUUUUCUAUUAAGUAUUGUUCAAAGUAAACUUAUAUGUGACUUUAUUUAUGCGUUUCCCUUAAAAGUUUAUUAAAUAGAGAAUAAUACAUGGGCACGUGUGGAUAUAGAAAUUCUCUUCGAGUGUUUACCUCAAAAGCUUCACGAGUAAGCGCUGCGAGCGAGUGAGAUGUCGAGUUGAACACAAGAAGAGAAAUUUCAUAUCCACGCGCGCCCAUGUAUUAUUUUUUUUAUCAUAUAAACACAAAAGUCCUUUGACGCAAGAAAAGUCAACUUCAUUAGUGAAUGAAAAUAUAAAGGAUCGACAAUCACCGAAUAAAAAUCGUAAAGUCCGUCGGCGCUAAUGCUCAGAAAGAAAAACUGCGUCGAAACACCAAAAACAAACAAUGGCCGUAAUUUUCAGUACACAAAACAUCUCGGCUAUUGACUCGGUCCUUACAGGUAGAAGAAGUCUUUCAGGUAAACGGCCAAAAUCGGCCUGUGGCAAAUCUUCCAGUUCUUGAUUUUCGUUCUCAGCUGCGAGAAACCACUGAAUACGUAACUUUCAGUUUUCUUCCCCUCUAGGAACGAUUGAACGUCAUUGUCAGUAAACGAUACGGAUAUUUAAGUGUUUUAGGAGCCAUAAUCCGAAAAAAAUUCCCACAAAAGACCUUGGAUUGUAAAUGGUGAAGGCUUUGCCGUCCAUUUAUCAACCUUUAAAGUGGCUAGCAAUUUCAAACACACGUGAAAAAUUACGAUAUUUUUCACAUGUGCUGUUACGGCUUUUCUCAAGGCUGGAAAUCCUUGUAUAACACCGCAGUUUAUAUGAUAAAUCGAGAAUAAUAAAUGACACGCGUAGAUAUGGAAUUUCUCUUCGAGUGUUCAACUCGGUAGCUCACGAGUAAGCGCAGCCAAAAUCGGCUUGUGGCAAAUACGCUUGUUUUUACACAUAUCAUUUCUACACCAUCUUUUGGCACUUUAUGUAAAUUAUGCCGCCUUUUAUAAAUUAUGUUUUACGUCCCUCAAAGCAAUGUGUUUUAUAUUUGCGUGGAUGUGCACCCUUUUCCUACGAGAGUUUCGUUUCUCGUAUAUUCCCUCACUAUUCGGUAACUUUUUUGCCUCGUGGUAUCAUCACGUUUUAUUUUUGCCUAAUAAUUUGUUGGUAUUUUUUUAUAAAAUUCGUUUUUCCGUUCCUUACGAAUUUCCUUCUUCUUCACGUGCGUAUUAAAGAUAAGUUAAGUUGAAUACUGAGUAAAUGUAAUUGAUUAAAGCGGGCCCAUGCCUCUUCAAUAUUAUAUUUGUCUUGGGUAAAUCAAAAUAGCUGUGCAUUUUUUAAUACUUGGAACUGAUAAUAUAUUGGGGGGGCAGAGGUUAUUUGUGGGGCAUUCCGGCAGGUUACUUUGUUACCUUAUGAUUUCAAACUGUCCUUCGUUCCUUUAUUUUCAGUAUGUUUAUGUCCAAGGUGGAAAUCCAGGAAUAGACUUUGACUUUAAAAGGGUCGUGCAACCUUCCGACACACCGCCUGAGAAUAAAUUUGAAUGGGUGACAUACACGUGGUCCGCCUGUUCCACAACGUGUGGCCAAGGUACAAACUCUUGAACUAGACGCGAGAGUUUAAGAACUGCACGCAUGUGCGUUUCUGCUCUCUUGCGCACGUGUUUCUGUUGUUCUUACGAAGUCCAGGCAAACUAACUGUUUGACUUUUCAUAAUCAAGAUAUACAUUGAAAUAGCUGAUAGUGCUCACUGCUUUUACGAGAAUCUGAACGUUUAGCUGUAAUUUUUUUUUAAGCUGUGAAUUUAAGUGUGCUUACUUGAGCUCGGCAACAUAGCGAUGAUGGCGAUACCCUCAACAUAGAAGGUGUCACCGUGAAUCCAGAAAAUCUUACGACAUACAUUUGGAAGAACCUUUUUUCUAAAUUCAGGAAGUGCCAGAGAAUCUGGUCACCUCCCAUCACAGGUGAAAUUCGAGUUAAGUUUAAAUUUUCUUUUUUUUUUAACAUAGGGCUGAUGUGUUCUACGAAGUGAAUUGAACAGGAACUAUCAACAUGUUGGAGAGGGUCAAGAUACUUUACCCUCUCCAAGCAGAUACUUGCCUUUUCGAUCAUCUACCCUCUCAUAUCCCACCCUUGCUGGUGGAGUAACUUGACGGUACUGGUUUGCGUUUUCGCUUGCAGGUGUUCGUACACGCUCAGCGAGAUGUAUUCGGUCAGAUGACAAAACACCCGCCAGCGAUGAAGCUUGUGGAGAGAAAAUUACAAGUGAAUCAUGCCAGGUCAAGGACUGUCCCUCGGAGUAAGAGCAAUGCAUUUCUUUGACAAUAGACUACUGUGUUAAAUACAGAGCUAAUGGUUUACUUCUCACUAACGUGAGUUUGGGUUGAGUCAUUUUGGCUAACGCCUUCAGAAGCGUUCUUCAAUGGAUUAGAGAGGGUGCUACUGCACUGAGUCUGGUCAGUGUUAAAUCGAUCAGAAUCGAUCAGAGAUAGAAAUUUUGAGUACGUAGAAGGUAUUUUGGGAGUCUUCUCGGUAUUAAAUUGAACAGAAUCGAUUAGAUAUAGAAAUUGUUAGUACGUAGAUCUUACCGUUGCUGUGAAUAAUCCAUUGCGAUAGAUUAACCUGCAGUCGUUCGACUUUUGACGUAGAAAGAGAAGCCUGAGCGCCACGGUCUUGUGUCUAUAUUAACUAUAUAAGUAACACAAGAAUUUUUGCUUUCAGAUGGCACACCACUGAUUGGUCAACAUGCUCCAGAUCAUGUGGCAAUGGGUUGCAGACACGCGAUGUCAUCUGCCGUAAGAAGAUCAACCCUACAGAGUAUGGACCAAGCACAAACUGUCCUGCUGAUCAAAAACCCAGCAUUUCUGAGAAUGUUCGAUAUUGUAACAGCAUCGAUUGCUUGGCUGAUUGGGACACUCAAGAGGGGCUACUGGUAAGUGCCUCCAAUUUUUAGAGGAUCUUUCAAUCGAUCAUUUUCAAUUUAUGUAUCAGGAAGUAUGAGAUAUUAUGACGUCAAGUUAAAAGUCAUCCUGAAAAUGAACGUUUAUUUCUCUUAAGAAUCACGAGAGUAGCUCUAUGUGUUGAACUUCUUCUAACGUCGCCAGAACUCCCUUUCAGCAUGAUAUGUCAAUGGAGCGUUAAGUAGAAACGUGAACGAUUUUCUAUGGGGUUCCCAACCUCAGACUCGGAAAAAUGUUUUGAUUUUCUCUUCUUAUUUUGCUUAAAUUGUUUGAAAAAUGUACAAAGUUUUAAUGCAAGGACGCGCAGAGGUAUUGCUUUUUAGAUAUUUGUAUUCCGCUGCGUUCUCGUUUCACUGUUAGGGUUUUCUGAAAGUCUUGUAAAGACUCAUUACGUUCUUGCUUCGGUAUUGUCAGCUAGCAGGCAGUUGCUGCAAAAUUGUGAAUGAGGAGCAGUUUUUAACACUCGUUCAUACAUUUUGUGGGAAGUUUAUUACCUGACAACGAUUCUAGUCAAUCCAGACUGAUCGCAUAUGACUUAAGCGUACAACAGAGGGGGCUUUUCGUAAUAGCCAGAUGUCUUUGGUAGGUGUUAGUUUGAGGUCUCAGUGUCCGCCGGGCCGGGGUUGAGUUUGCCUCUCUUCUUUCUUUCCCUUUCAUCGAUUCACAGUUAUUCUUAUAUUUUUCUCUGUUGGUCUGCCUUGUGCCCUCAGUGUAGGGUUAAGGCAAUCCCAGAAUCACUUGCUCCAGCCUCAGCCAGCCGGCUAAACCAGUUGUUAUGUUCUUCGCUUUGGUUAAAUUUUCGUUAAGCUUCCAUUUUCCACUUUAGCCGAAUGGUUUCUCCCCUCGCUACAACACUCACUCUUACCAGAAGGCCUGUAUCUUUCCUCUUCCUUUACAGAGAGACAAAUGCGGGGAGCCAAUUGAUCCAGCGACGCUCUCUUGUUACCGAUUGGAUCAGUUUGGCCAAAAAACCAUGGUUCCGAAUCUUUUAUGUAGGUACAGAGCUAAGCCGACACGUCUCCCAUGUACAACUACAUCAUAUCGUUCACAAUCAUAUCGACAUCAAUAUGCAAUAUUUACCAGCGUAUUGGUUCCUGUGCUUCAGAUGUUGCUGGAGUAUUAUAAUUUGGGAUAGGUUGCAUUUACUGACGUCUGUCCUUGAAGGAACUUUGAUUUUAAAUUGUUAGAGGUCCCUUUUGUUACAUGUCAAAUGGCUCUCUCUCCUUGGGAGUGGGAAAGGAUGCUCUGUUACAUAUAUAAAUGAUUUCAAGUGUGACAGUACAAUCAAAUCAGCUUCUUCUUAGAGUUCAAUCAUUGCGAAUGUCCUUAAAUAUAUUUUUAACAAAUUUGAAUGGAAACUUUACCUUGGGUGUCUACUAGCAUCUCAGCUAAAAUGAGAUGCACAGAAUAAAAAAUAAAAUAAUCCGUCAGCAGAAUUAAAUAAUCCGUCAGCAGUACCGUUUACUGGCAUAAAUCGCGAUAUUUUGUAAAGAAAUCUAACAUGACACUCUUACCUUGUUUAUUUAUCACAUUAUUAGCUGUUUCGGUGAUCAAGUUAUGCUCUACCACAUUUUAGC